UUAUAGUUGCUUAUGAACCAUCAAUUGAUGAUCUUAAAAAAUGGAAGACUUUGAAAGGGUGAAUCAUAGACAGAGGACAUCUGGAGUUAUUGCCUUGCAUUGGUUUCGUCAUGGGCUAAGACUGCAUGACAAUCCAGCUCUUAGCUAUGCUGCGGCUAAUGCCAAGAAACUCUAUGUCAUGUUCACAUUUGACGGAGAAUCUGCAGGGACCAAGCUGAUUGGAUACAACAGAAUGAAGUUUCUACUGGAGUCCUUACAUGAUCUCAAUUGCCAGCUUCACAGUUAUGGUGGGCAGCUACUUGUAUUUCGUGAAAAACCCUUGAAAGUCAUUACCAGACUUCAUGAUGUCCUUGGAGUCAACUUAGUCACUUUUGAACAGGACUGUGAGCCAAUCUGGAAUGAGAGAGAUGAGGCAGUAAAAGAAGGCUGCAGAGAACUUGGCAUAGAAUGUAGGGAGGAGGUCUCUCACACCCUCUGGGAUCCAAAAGAAGUGGUAGAUAUGAAUGGGGGAGUCCCUCCACUUACAUAUACCAUGUUUCUGCAAGUGACAUCUGCCAUUGGAGAACCACCUCAUCCAGAAGAGAGGCUUGAUUUCUCAUCUGUGAAAUUUGGAAUUGUUCCUGUAGGAUUGGCUGCUGAACUGAAUCUAUUUGCAGAAAUUCCAACUCCUGAAGAUCUAAAUGUGAAGUGCAGUCACCCUGCUGACAUUGAAGAAAACUCUGGUUCCUGGAUUGGAGGGGAAACUCAGGCUCUACUCCUCUUUGACAUGAGACUUGCAGUAGAAGCUGAUGCAUUUAAGCGUAACUUUUACCUUCCCAAUCAAGCCAGGCCAGAUCUCCUGGGUCCAUCUCGAAGUCUCAGUCCAUAUCUUCGUUACGGUUGCCUCUCCAUCCGAAAGAUGUACUGGGGAAUUCAUGAUCUAUUUGCGGAGAUACACAAGGGGAAGCCACCAUGUCAUGUCCACUUGACCGCCCAACUCAUCUGGCGGGAUUUCUUCUAUGCCAUGUCUGUUGGAAACCCCAACUAUGAUCGAGUGAAGGAGAAUCCCAUUUGCCUUCAGAUCCCAUGGAGACACAAGCAGAAGGAGCUGCAGCAGUGGAAGGAUGGGAAGACUGGCUUCCCCUUUGUGGAUGCUGUCAUGAGGCAGCUCCUUAGAGAAGGCUGGAUUCAUCAUGUGGCCAGGAAUGCAGUAGCCCAGUUUCUCACUCGUGGAGGUCUGUGGAUCUCCUGGGAAGAUGGACUGAAAGUGUUCUUGAAGCAUCUUCUUGAUGCAGACUGGUCUGUCUGCUCUGGGAACUGGCUCUGGAUUUCCAGUUCUGCUUUUGAGACUAUUCUGGACUGCUCCCACUGCCUUUCCCCUGUUGCAUAUGGGCGGCGACUGGAGCCCACUGGUGACUACAUCCGGUAA